AUGGACGAAGCGUAUCUGGUCACCUCGUACCCUCUGCCCUCUGCGGUGGGCUUUGCGGAGCAUGCCUCAGCCUCGCCACGUCCCUCGUCGCUGCCAUUGAUCAGCUCGGUCGGCUACACCUCAACGAGCGCAGCCAGGCAGCCGAGUCGCGUGCUCGUGGCAGCGCCUGCACAUGGCUUGACCCUCUACAACGUCAGUCCACUUCACCCGUCUGCUCCAAUCGGGUUUGGCUCAGGCUCGAACUCGAAUGCAGCGGUGGCAGUAGUAGCAGUAGCAGUAGCAGUAGCAGCAGCAGCAGCAGCUACUUCGUCCUGACCGUCGCCGCUGCUUAUGCUCGUGCGACGUUCCUCGCCGUCGCCGCGACUGACGAGACAUCUCCCCCAUGUACUCCCUUUUCAGCUCGCCGACCAGACAGCACUGUCGUCCAUCACGCUCGGAUCGAGCUUUGUCCCACGUACGCCACCGGCCUCGCGCUCGACCGCGGCCUCGAGCUCCCAGUCGGCACACGCCCGCUCGACCCGACAAACAUGGAUCGCCGUCGCAGCUUCCCACGACGACCAACGGGGCGAGAUAUGGCACUGGACAGAACAGGAACGCAAGGACGGUAGCGCAGAAGCCUUGCCGUCCCGGUUGGUCUACCCCGUAAGUCCCCGCGCUACUCAGCAUCCACUCGCGGUGAGGUGCAUGGCUCUGACAUCACAAUCAACACCCUUCGUCUGCAACAGACCUCGGCACCGAUCGUCGGUCUCGUUGCACCUCGCACAUUGCCGAAUCAUCUGCUACUGCUCGCCGAGACGGGCACUCUGGCGCUCGCCUCGAGCGAAAAUCUUGCGAUCGGCGCUUCGGUCGUCCUCUCCACACCCUCGUCCUCGUCGACGGCUCCAAAGCCCAUAUCCCAGUCUCUGCGUGCGGUCCCUCUCCAGGCUAAUUCGAACUUGCUUCCACGGUCCGUUCUCGAACUCUUGCCUCACCGGUCAGGCGCGCAUGUCGUCUUCGUGUCGAGGGCAUACGCGGGCGACUCGCACGCCGCAGCUUUGCCGCCGGCGACUCCGGCCGCAAAACCCAAGAGAACGAAGCGUCCCACAGCACCCGUCAUCGCUGGAAACGUCGAUACACCAGCUCGAACCGAGAUCGAUGUCGUUCUCGUCGAUCCCGAGGUGAGAGACGAUGAGGACGAGAUGGCUGCGCAACCGCAAAUGGUUGUUCUCGGUUCGGUGGAGGUGCUGGGUGACCAGGUCGUGGUCAACGACGAGGGUAUCGUCACAGCUCUGGUUGGCAGCGACUUGGUGUCAUAUCAACUUGCUUUCCCUCAAGACUAUCCCACGACGACCUAUGCUGAUCUUUUCAACUCGAACGAGCACCCCAUCGAGGCCAAGCUAUCCCUCUCUGUCGUCAAGUCACUUCACCUGCCGAGCGAAAAAUUCACACCUUCCAAUACGACAAUACUCGCCUUGCAUUCUUCUUUUGUUCUGCAGUGCUCCAUGCUGAUGCCAAGUCGAAGCACCGAGGAGAACGCAUUGGGCGUUCUCGCCCUCGUUUGGGACGUACGCCUCGGCGUCGUCAUCUCCAGCACUACAAUCGUCCUCCCAUCGUCGAUAUCCUACCCGAGCGGACACUGCCUGGCACUCGCUCUGCCUAAUUUGACUACCGCAACCUUGGCUCUGGCCCCUCUCGUCGAUGCCGAAUCAUCUUCCUCGCCCAGCCGCAUCGCCAUCUUCAGCCUGCCCUUGUCGACCGUUCCCUCGGCCUCGGUGCUCGCUGCUGUAGUAGGGAAACAGCACCUUACGCGCCAGUAUCUUGCCACGGACUCUUCUUUAAACGGAGCCGUCAAGACGAUCGUACCACUGCGACACUCAAAGACAAGUCCGAACAAGGCCGCGCUUCUCGAUGCCAGUAUUGAUGCUCGUAGCAAGGUCUUGCGCACACUCGAGCCCCUUCUUCGAUCAGGCGACGUCAACGUCGAUGCUGCCGACGCGGCUUUUGAUGCCUUCAUCCAGGACGAGACGAAACGCUUGCGGGCGUACCAUCUUGUCAAGCUUGAGACAAGUUUGGAAAAGGAGCGCGAGCGACGACUCGCGGCGUUGCAAGCUAAGGAGGCGCUGAAAACGACCGGGAGCAAGUACAAGACCGCAAAGCGCAAGAUCGAGGAAGCGAUCCAGGAGAGCGGCCUCGCUGCGGAGGCGUGGCCUGAGGUGACGGCGAAGCGCAUCAAGGGUGUCAGUGACGUGUACCGCUACAAGUACUACGAGGAUCGCAAGCAGCUCGAGACGAAUAAGGGCAGCGUUGCAGUCGACCAGAGUAGGGAGAAGGCCUUAGCCGCGAUCGAAAAGCUCGAGCCGGUGCUUCCCUCCUCGUUCGUCACGGCGGUCCUGAGGCUUUGCUUCCCCGAAGCCGUCGAGACCACGGCGAUGGCAUCCGGGAGUUUGGAGCGUGGAGCGACGAUUUCUACAUCGCCGCGCCCACAUCCUCGUGGCAUCCUAUCUUACUUGCUCAAACGAGGCAUUGUCGGAGAUGGCCAGAUCCACGGUAGCCUGGUUCGUGAACUUGCUUUGGCGGAGGACUGGGUAAGCUGAGUCUUCGCACGGUCUACUUCGUCUGCCACCCUCCUGACCUCCUCGGAAUCUGAAUUGCAGACUAACAUCCUCUUGGCUCUCCGCACGAUGCCUGACAUCCCUGAAUCAAUUAUGACCUCGACACUGCGUCGUGUCACUGCGGCCAACGCCUCCUCGGAUCCUGUGCCUGCGGACAUGCCCCGCCUGUCGACAUUGCUACGUGCGCUCGUCGCAUGCUCCUUCGAACCUGCGCGGUUGAGAGAAGCGUUCCGGAACCAGCUCAACGCCGUAGAGGCUCUGGCCGUACUGGAGGUGUGCGAUCGGUGGUUGAGGUGGUGGAGUCGGCACGAAAAUGGUGGCGUCGUCGAAGCGGAACCGACGGAUGACCCAAAGCCGAAAGCACCCAAACGCCUCCCUCUGGACCCCUUUGCUGUCCGCGCCUCCUCCUCCUCGGACGAGCAAGCCGCGUCUCGCGGUGCCCCUCCCCACAUCGAAUUGGUUCUUCGUUUCGUACAAGGGAUCCUCGAUGCGCAAUUCAUCGCCUUGCUAUUGCAUCGACCUUCGCACGCUUUGCUGCGGCGGCUCGCGACGCACGUCGACGAGCACUUGAAGCGAACGAUCCAGCUCGAAGCUCUGGUGGGGCCAUUGGCCAUCUACGCCAGGGCCAAGACCGAGCAGAAGAAGGGGGGUGCUCAAAAGGGCGAACUUGGGCUCGACAAGGGUCUAGGGGAGAGCAUGAGGCGCAGGGUGGAGGCGCAGGAGAAACACGCGCGGGUGGGUAUGUACGAGGUCGAGCAGUUCAAUCUGGGUUGA